CUUAUAAGAGUCAGGAAUCGUUUAUACUAUUUCUCUCAUGUGGGCUCAGUACUGUUGAUCUGUUUUCUCUCUCUCUUUCUCUCUCUCUCUCUCUCUCUCUCUUUCUCUCUCUCUUUACCUAUUAAUUGACAUUUCUCUUGCAAGGCUAUAUCCUACUAAAAGGAUGCAGAAAUUAGAGAGGUGAACCUCACUAUUAAGUUUACUUCUAAAAAGAUUUGGUGAUUACAUUACAACUUGUGUGUCAGAAAAUAAGUAGAAGAACCAUCAGAAUAAAUUGAAAAUAUUGUAAAUGAAGGAUACAUCGCCAGUAUUCUAAGUAUCAUGCUUUCUGUUGUACAUGUGUGUGGAUAUUUUAGAGUAUAUUGACCUACAAUGAUGUGCAUGUGAACUUCACUGGAGAGGAGUGGGCUUUGCUGGAUCCUUCCCAGAGGAAUCUCUACAAAGAUGUAAUGCUGGAGACCUACAGGAACCUCACUGCUAUAGGCUACAAUUGGGAAAGUCAUAAUAUAGAAGAGCAUUGUCAAAGUCCUAAAAGACACACAAGGUAUGAAAACAAUCAUUGUGCAGACAAACUCCCUGAAGAUACUCAAGAUGAAGUCUUUGCACAUCACAAUAGUCCCCACACAUGUAAAAGUAUGCAUACUGGUGUGGAUCACUAUGAAUGUUGCCAAUAUGGUAAUGCCUUUGCACAUAAAAGUCAUAUCCUAAGACAUAAAAGUAUACAUAUAGGAGAGAAACCUCAUGAAUGUAACCGAUUUGGUAAAACCUAUGCAUCUAACAUUAGUCUCCUAAGACAUAAAGGAGGAACUCACACUGAAUGUAACCAAUGCGGUAAAGCCUUUGCACGUAACAGUAGUCUAAUACACAAAAGAACGCACACUGGAGAGAAACCUUACGAAUGUAACCAAUGUGGUGAAGCCUUUGCAUUUAAAAAUAAGCUCCUAUGGGAUAAGCGGGCGCUAAGCAAUGGAGAGAUGGAACUGCAGGCAUCCAGCACCAAUUCCUCGGGACUCGCUGGUGAGGAGAAAGUUUCUACCUCAACUCUUGUUCUGGUCCAGGUCAAGGAGAGCACAUCUAAAUCCCCACAAGCCAGCUCCCCUAGCUCUCCAUGCUGCUUAGGGACCUGCAUACUGCAGAAAUUGGCCCAACGGAUCUGCCAGUUAACAGACAAAAGUAAGGACGCUGUUGCCACCCAAAACAAGAUCAGCCCUCAAGGCUAUGGCCGCCGGCGCCGGCGUUCCCUGCCAGAGGUCCUCCAGGCCCAGACUGUGGUGUCCUCCCAAGAGCAGACACAGGCAACAACAGCCUCCGGGGACGGGUGGCAGCAAUGA